AUGAUGACUGUGGGGCGCCACGUUCUGUCCGUGCUGGCUCUCGCGCUGUGCUGCGUGUCGCUGUGCGUGUCGGCUGCUGCCACACAGACGGAGGCAAGUGUCGGACUGAGGGGCCACCGCCACCGCGGCACAGUGAGCGCAACGGAGGCGCAGGUUAACAAAAAAGUGGCAAAGGUACCCUCUGUCGAAGAAAGGGAGACUAAAAUUCGGGAAGUUCUAGAGAAAGCAAAGGCAGACGGUAUUCUGAAACAAGCUUACGAUUUGGCUGGUACUGCCAUUAAACUGGGGGAGGCUGCCGCUACUGUUGUGCCAGCAGCGUUGGCUGCGAAGGGGCCCGCCGAGGAAGCAGCAGGAAAGGCUGAGGCGGCUGUGAGAGAGGCCGACCGAGUUGCCGGUGAGGCUGAAGCAGCCGCAAGCACACCUGCCGCAGCCAAGGAGUACCUUGAGGGAAAGAAAGAAAAAGCCAUGGAGGCCAUCAGGAAUUCUGAGGAGGCCGCCCAGAAAGCCAAAGCGAAGGCCUUGAUCGCACGCAACGCGGGUAGAGCAGCCCUCGAGAAGGCAAAUGCAACCGCAGCAGCAGCAGCGGCGGCCGCAAAGGAGCCAAACCUUAUUUUAUGUGGGGAAGCUGGUACUUCACUUGAACUUGUAUCAAAGGAAGAUGAAGACGAAGACAAAAAGAAACAGAAAAUGGAACAGAGAACGAAACAGAUGGGUGAGCUGGCGGUUAGUGUUGUUGCAGCAACGGACAUUCUGAAGAAACUGGAGCCAGCGGAGAUGGCGGCAAGAACUGCUCAAGAAGCGGCAGGGAACGCCACGUCGGCUGCGGAUAAGGCCGACCAGCAGGCAACAGCUGCGGAAGCUGCAGCGAAGACGGUACAAAGCCAUAUUGGCCGUCUGGGUGAGAUUGUUGAGGCCGAGAAACAAAGGGUGGAGCAGGAGAAGCUGAGGAAGCAGGAAGAGGAGCUGAAGAGACAGGAAGAGGAACGUCGGAAAGCAGAGGAGGAUCUGAAGCGCCGGACGCUGGAGGCUGGCACCGCGGGCG